AUGUGUUGUGGUGGUUGUUUCCUGCAUCAGUUCUGGGCCGGCUGGGUCGGAAGCUGGUGGAAGAUAAUUGACUCAGCGUGGGACCCGGAUACCCGAGAAGGUGCUCGCAUGCAUUGCCGCGACAGCGUUCUUGUGCUCGAAAUUUCGUGUUACGAGGGCCUUUUGAACAAUGGAGCAGUAGGCCCGGUUCCCUUGGAAGUUCUUGAAGAGUUCCAGUACAUUGACAAAGGCGUUGUCUAGUCAUUCCUUUUUUUGAAUGCGAUUCAGGAGUCUGAAGCGAGCGCGGAAGAUUACGUCCUAUUUGCAAAUUGCAUUUCAGCGAUAAUUUUUUUUUUUUUUUUUCGCGAACCCUUUUUGGCGGUUAGUUGCUAUUCGGAUCCCCGUAGGCGUCGUAACCGUGCAUCGUUCUAGAAGUGGUGACAGGCCGUGUAACUUGACCUUUUCUUUGUAUUUGCUUCUUCGCAUUGUUUCUAAAAGCAAGUGCUCACUCUUGCCGCUUGUUACGGAUUUUUUCGCGUCGGGAAGAGGAUUAUGCUCAUCGUUUAGGAAUCUAAGCGUAAAUUUUCUUGAGCUUCCCGUUUUUUUUUUCAGUGUGGAAAUGUUCAUCUUAGUAUGUAAUUGUUGAAUCUUAACCAUAUUGCGCCAACCAUCCUCUGGUGGCCUGGACGGAACGUGGAACAAACGAAGCAUAUUGUUGCUUUUUGUUGGAGAACAGAAUAUAUGUGGAACUGGAGGGCAGAAUAAAGCUCGACAAUUUUAUGAUA